UAUGAGACUUGAUUUUUUUUUAAGUGAAGACGCUUGGCUGUUAUAUUUAUUUCUAGUCACACUGCAUCAUUAGGGCGCCAUCUUCCUUCUCAUUGUUGUUGCGUCAAAUCGUAGUGAAAAAGCUUCUAAAACUCGUAGGGACUUAUUGUAAAAUUACGUACUUUGUGCCAAUUAUCUCUCAUUCAAAUGAUUUAGCUGUCGCAGAGUCAUAACAUCAUUGUAUAUCUAUAUCGUGACAAUUGUAGUGUAGUCUGGUGCUCCGCCGCCGCCCGGUGAUGACAUUUGUCUCCAUUGGAAUAUUCCGUUUCACCUGGAGCUGGAACUCUCCUCGACGAAACCGAAAAGCAUAAUAAAGUUUAUGGAAUGUGAUCGAUAUAUAGAGAAUGGACAAGGAAUUGUUUCGACACCGCAGGCAUGGGCCUGCGGGGUCAAGCGUAAGUUCGGAGACGGAGGGAUGCGGGUUGGCGGGCCUGGCGGUCGCAGCGCGGGCCCUGGGCGAGUGUUGGCUCCCGGCGCUCUUUUGGAAGGCAGCGCCAUGCUCGCUGGCGGCAUCAGCGCUUCUCCCCGCCGCCGCCCCGAGCCGCGGCCUACUCCCCGCGCUCCACUACCACGAGUUGUGUCAGAUUCUCCCUUUAUGAACAACAUGGACGAAAUCACUUUUUGGAUUGUGACUAAACGUGCACCGUGUUUAGCCGGGUACAACAAUCCCCUUCGGCGUGUGCAGCCACAGUGUUCUCGUGCACCUCUUCACUCGGCUAGCCCUGAUGACCAAGGAGAGCCAGAAAGGAAAAGGAAGAAGCUUGUUGUUCUAAAUGAUGAUUCUGAUACAUUGGACCAAACAAAUGUUGAGGCACCUCCUCAGCCUGUGUGUGAAGUGAUCAGUGAUGAUUCUGAGACGCUGGUGUCAGAUGUUGAUUUUAAUAUAAAAAAAUCGUCAGUGCAGAUCAAGAACAAGAAAACAAAGGCACAAAAGAAGAGCAAUCGUGGAGCUCUGCAUAAAAAAAAUAAGGUUGUCACAUCUACACCCAAGGUGACAUCGAACCUCAGGAGAAGCUUGAGGAAAGUACAGUCUUCUGUCAACAACAAUAGCCAUUUAAACAGUACUCUUGAUAUCUUUGACACUUCCGAUGGCAACAAUCAUGCCAUUGUACCCAAGUGUAUCCAGGCAGGAAAGUUUGAGGAGGAUACAAAAUUAAUAAAUCUGUCAAACAGAGAACCCAAUGCUACUACCUGUGCUGUGUCUGUUCCAAGACCCAACAAUGGGGUUAUUAACGGUCAGUUUGAUGAUCUCAGUGAUGUUUCUGGGUUCACAGCAAACUAUAUAAAGUCUACUAAAAUAAAUUCAAAGACUCCAAGAAAAGUGAGAAGUAAGCCAAGUAGAAAUUUGGCUAAAGAAUCCCGACAUAGUGCACAGAAGGAAGAGAAAUCUUUGAUUGUAAGUAUCAACAAAGCCACAGGAGAUCCAAAAACUAACAUUUUGAAUUGUAGCACUGACUCUUCCCAGAAUAUUAUCAACCUUGUCACUGUUGAUAAAAAAUCUAGAACCAAGAAGCUUGAUAAAAGUACCUCCUUACUUAAGUUUAUGGAAAGUAAAAGAGGGCAAAAAGUUGUAAAUGUUAAAAGUGAGUGUAGAAAUGGUGUCCUGAAUAAAUCUUUUCAGUCAACCAGUACAACUGGGUCCAGGUAUCCAAAGAGGCACAAAAAUAAUUCCUCAGAUGUAUUAAUGGUAGAAAUCUCUGAGAAGACAGAACCCUCUAAGCUAAGUUCAGAUAAGAGAACUGCAACAAAUCAAUCCAGCAGAUUGGAGAGUACAGAACUAGUCUCCAGAACGAGGAGUGGCAGAAGCAGGCAUUCUAAACUUACAGAACCUACAGUGUAUGUUCGUAGCAACUUUCCUGAACAAGAAAGUACUGUGGCAACUAUUAAUGUUGCCAAUGCGGUGCUAGAUGAAGCAAAAGCUAGUGCAAAGAAGAAGAGACCAUCAUCAAAGAGUGGAGUUGCACGAAAAUUUUUAAACAAAACAGGACAAUCGAAUAAGGACUCUUUUCGGGAAAAAAGUGGUUUUGCUGCUUGCUUCUCUGACAGUGAUGAUGACAAACCUUUAAAACCACAGAAAUACUUGUCAUAGCUUAAUUGAUACUGUAAUGUGUAUGGGUUUUAUAGUCAUGUUUGUGGAUAUGUUAUUACUUACUAUGAACCUAGAGUUACAAUUGUACGCACCAAAAUCAUAGGUGUACCAAUUGGUUGUGUAAACUUAUUGCUACACAAGAAAUAUCAUCACAUUUGUGUGCAUAAUUAUGUAAUUUGAUACAGCAGUGAGACUGCUUUCCAGAUCUCUAAUGAUAAUUUCUAGAUUGUAACUUGAUGAGCUCAUAACUUAUUUUGGUCUUUGCAUUAACUCAAUGUAUAUUUUUUGAUUUUGUCAUGCCUUGUAACAAAAGUGCAAUAUGGCAGCAGAACUCCAGCCAUUUUAUAAUGAGGCAAAUGAGUAAUUGUAAAGUAUAUUUGUAUAAAAGUAAGAGUGUUGUCAUAUUAUACUGUAAAUGUAAAAUGUAUGUAACAGAAAGCAUUCUAAGAUUUUUCUCAUUUGGGAACUCAAAAUAUGUUUUGCCAUGAUGGUUAGAAAUAACAAUGUUUUAUGCAGCCAAAUAUGUUUUAUGCACAUACAGACAACAGUGCCAUACUCAGUAUGGUACUUAUACAUAGUUUUAGCUUGUAUUGCCCACCUAGACGUAGUUCAUGUUAUAUUGAUUAUUAUCUUAUAGAUCAUGUCAUAAUGGACUGUCAAGUCGACUACAAAGAGAUGUAUCCACUUUUUCACCUUAUUGCAUUGUAAUAAGGUGAAAAAGUGGCUACAUCUCUUUGUAGUUGACAUACACAAUUGAAUUUAUAAAUUAUAUAAAGUGCCAUUGUACCAACAAUCCUUUUGAGUAAUUGUCUGUCUCAUAAUUAUAAUUUGUAUAAUAUUUAUUUAUUUCAAUUCUGACUUUAGUGUCUAAGUAAUGACACUGCUGAGAUAGGAAUUGUAUUGUGUAGUAAGUUAUUGAAUUGUUGAAUUUUUUUGACAAUCCUUUACUUUGUGCACUAUACUUUGCCAUUAUUUAAUGUAUUGAACUCUAAUAAGAAAGGUGUACAAUGAUGUAAUGAAAUAUGAGAUAGUCUGUUGGAGUCAGCCUUGUUUCCAUGACUAAAUACUUUUAAUUAAGUUUAUUUUUAAAUAGCAAUACUGUUUCUGUUUUUUUAAUCUUGUGUAAUAUAUUUGUAGCAUUUAUGCAUUUAAAUUAAUAGUAAAAUCCUAUUAAUGAA